AUGAGAAAUUGUACAAAUUGUCUUUUACUUGCUGCUUGUUAUCAAUUUAGAGCUACAAAUUGUAAUGAAAUUGAGGCACAUUUACACACAACUACACAACCAACAAUUGAAGACACUGAUUUGAUCGUUGCGCCACUUUUAAUGAGUUAUCAGGAAAUGGAUGCUCAUAUGGCAGCAGCGGGACUUGAUCGUACAAAAAAUUUAUGGAAAGAAGUUCGUAAUUUUACUCCAGAUACCGGCAGUUUCCAAACAAUGCCAUUCGAUCCAUUCGGAAAUGGUGCUAUUGCUUGUGAAGUUGUGACUGAUGAAUUACUUGAACGGCUUAGUACUUUUAUGGAACAAGAAUGUUCACAUGAACUCUUGUUAGGUCCUUCUUAG